GGGCUGGGAGACUGGCAACACACACACACACACACACACACACACACACACACACACACACACACACACACACACCGGCCGCUACGGGGAAGAUGGAGGAUGGUGUGGCAGCGGCGGAGCAGACUUCCAGCCUGUAGCAACGUCCCUCCGGUAAACAGCAUUCUUGGAGCAACAUUUUGAAUGGGUUACGGAUGUCUGAUGGUCUUAUCAGGACGUCCAGUAAGGAGUGCAUUGCAGUAAUCCACUCUACAGGGAUAGGGACUCUUGUGGAGGCCAGGUCAUCUCAUGCAGCACUCCAUCCCUUUGGUUCUUGGUCAGACUGCCCCCUGAAGCAACCUUUCCCUCCUGAUGAUGGGCUCUUAAAAUCGUUCUCUGACACGACCAAAUAAACCAGAAUCAGACUGCCAUGAAUCCCCAUGAGAUGGAGCCUGGUCAGAAAGUGAUGGAGGAGACUGAUGUUCCUCCUCGCAAUCAACACAACAGCAACAACAGCCGUUCCCGUAACCACAGCAACCAGGAAAAACGCUACAGACGCUCUGAGGCUUUAGCUGGAGGAAGUACUGGUGGCAGAAUCAGGGCACCACAGAUGCGCAAGCCACAGGACGAGUCAGAGACAGAGCUUCAACAUGGAGCUCAGUCUUCUCAACCACAGCAAAUUCAGCCCAUUCCUCGACCUGCAGUGACACGUUAUCGCAGACAGGGGGACAGCGAGGCUCGGAUCAGAGCCCAGCAGCAGAGGCACAGACAGAGGCAGCAGAGAGAGGCAGAGAGAGCACAACACACAGCACAACAGGAAAAGCAGCACCAUGCAGAGAUGACCCAGGAAGAUGAACGAGAAAGAGACGAUUCAGUACUAGCCCGUUCAGCAAGUACUGAGAGUGGCUUCCACACCCAUACUGACCGGGUCGAGGGAGACGAUGGUCUAGUGAUGAUGUCUCUGGAGCCUGAGGGGCAGCCAGAGGUGGAAAAUGAGGCAGGCAGCUAUGGGCUACAACUACAGUCCAAGGCAGAGGGGUACACUGAAAGUGCAGAGACUGAACAGCAACAUCUUCAUUCACGUUCCAACUAUCCUUCUCAGCUCCCGCCCCUUCCACGUGAACCCUUGCCUAAUGUCCAAAAUUUACAAAGAGAUGAUGAAGCAGAGGAAAUACUGAAUGCCGGAUACUCCAACUAUGUCCUUACCCAGCCCCUCAGCCACUCUGGGGAAAGGUCCAAUGUCUCAGCUGAUCUGAACUUGGAAAGUUUAGAUGCCUAUUCUGAGCCAUAUGAGAUUUAUUCACUCUCUGAGCAUGUUUACGAAGAAAUCUGUGAUGCUCCAACGUUAGUUUCAUCUGAUGCAGGUGGGACAAAUGAUACAGAGUCUCUCCAGCAAGCAAGGGCUGGGAUUCAGCUGUUGCAGGGCCCGGUGGAAGGUAGAGAUUAUCAUCAUCAGCAGGAGGCGGUGGGCUCCCGUCUGCACCACUACGACGAGCGGUCAGACGGCGAGUCAGACAGCCCCGAAAAGGAGGCUGAAUUUGCCCCGUACCCACGUGCUGACAGCUGUGACCAGGAGGAAGAUAUUGACAGCAUCACUGCUGAGGCAAAAGAAAGCCUAAGCUCUCUUGAUCGUGCUGCAGAAGACACCAUAGAGGAAGAAAAUGAGCUUCUGCAGCAAGAAGACAAACCCGAACCUGAGACCCAAACCAACUCUGACAAAAUCCACAAUGAUGCCUGUCAAGAGAAAAAAGUUGGACAGCAGGCUAUGAGUCCUUCAGAGGAGCCUGUAGCUGUUAGGAACAGUCAGGAGAAGAGGGAUGCUAUAUCUCUAGCCAUUAAAGACAUCAAGGAGGCCAUAGAGGAAGUGAAGACCAGAACAGUGAGAUCUCCUUAUACACCUGAUGAGCCAAAAGAGCCCAUUUGGGUAAUGAGGCAGGACUUGAGCCCCACUGCUGAAUGUGACCUACAGCCAUCACUCGGAGGUGAUGUUGAAAAGUACGAGGAGGAACAAGCCAAGCAGAAGCAACACCCUGACCCCCAGGAUCAUGAGCAAAAUGAGCAGUCUCCUGGUUCAGGCUCACCCUCUCCUCCUGGAGCAGAGUCAUCCAGCAGACAUCUGCUUCAGGAUGACAGCUUUGAAGUUUCUCCUUCCAGUAAAGAGUCCAGGAGAAGCCUUGCAUCCUUUCCCACAUAUGUAGAAGUGCCUGGCCCCUGUGACCCAGAGGACCUGAUUGAUGGGAUAAUCUUUGCAGCCAACUACCUGGGCUCCACUCAGCUGUUGUCAGAUAAGACACCGUCCAAGAACAUCCGCAUGAUGCAAGCACAGGAGGCUGUCAGCCGCAUCAAGACGGCCCAGAAAUUAGCCCAGAACAGGACGAAGGCCUCUGAGGGUGAGCCUCAGCCCAUGACCGAGGUGGAUCUCUUCAUCUCAACGCAGAGAAUCAAAGUGCUCAACGCUGACUCCCAGGAAACCAUGAUGGACCACCCUUUGCAGACCAUCUCCUACAUUGCUGACAUAGGUAACAUUGUGGUUCUGAUGGCCCGGCGUAGGAUGCCUCGACCUGACUCUCAAGAGAACGUGGAAGCUUCAGACCCAGGUCAAGACAGCAAGCGCCAGUACAAGAUGAUUUGCCAUGUGUUUGAGUCUGAGGAUGCCCAGUUGAUUGCCCAAUCCAUUGGGCAGGCCUUCAGUGUGGCUUACCAGGAAUUUUUACGAGCCAAUGGCAUUAACCCAGAGGACCUAAGCCAGAAGGAAUACAGUGACUUGCUGAACACUCAAGACAUGUACAAUGAUGACCUCAUCCACUUCUCCAAAUCUGAGAAUUGCAAAGACGUGUUUAUAGAGAAAGCUAAAGGGGAGAUUCUGGGUGUGGUUAUUGUGGAGAGUGGAUGGGGAUCCAUCUUACCCACUGUCAUCAUUGCCAACAUGAUGCAUGCUGGUCCAGCUGAGAGGUCUGGCCGACUGAACAUAGGAGACCAGAUUAUGUCAAUCAAUGGAACCAGUCUGGUGGGACUACCGCUAUCCACCUGCCAGAGCAUCAUAAAGGGUCUGAAGAACCAGUCUCGGAUCAAGCUGAACAUUGUGAGAUGUCCCCCGGUCACUACUGUGCUCAUCAGACGGCCAGACCUUCGCUACCAGCUGGGAUUCAGUGUCCAGAAUGGCAUAAUCUGUAGCCUUAUGCGCGGUGGCAUUGCUGAACGGGGUGGGGUCAGAGUGGGGCAUCGCAUCAUCGAGAUCAACAGCCAGAGUGUGGUAGCCACGCCCCAUGAAAAAAUUGUCCAUAUCCUGUCCAACGCUGUGGGAGAGAUUCAUAUGAAGACUAUGCCUGCAGCCAUGUACCGCCUGCUGACCGCCCAGGAGCAGCCUAUUUACAUUUAAUAAGCAAAGCCCUCACCUCACGUCCUUUAAACUUCCUGCAGUCAAUUCCAACUCCUUAAGGCAAGCAUUCAGCCCAGCCCAGUUCUCAUCCUGUGCAACUGAUGGAUCAUAGUCAGUUGUUGGUAGCCCUGUUCUGUUGCUCAAACUCAUCUUGUGGCAACAUAGAAACCCAAAUUAUCCAUCUGUAUUGACUAAAAGGCUUGUUUUCUUACUUUAGUUAAAUAUAUGAUUAGUGAAAGGGUCUUUACACCUAAUGCAUUUUCAACACCUAGCAGUGCCCCACAAUCCUAAACUUAUGUGUUUCACAGUUGAUGUUUUGAAACUCCAACGCAAAGUAAGGAAUUGGGAGCAUUUGGGAAGUGUAGCGAAUGGCCAGUUUAGGCAACUAAGACAAUUUGGGUGUCACACAGUAGUAACCUAAUUUUCAUGAGCUUGGAACUGCAGCCUGUGCAACCAAUCCUGAGUGUACUUUCCCCCAUGCUGCUAUUCCACUGGCAGGAGACUUCCUGCAUCUAGGUAUACAUCCUCCAUCAGAUAAUUUCCAUGAAAAAAACUUUUUAUGUGCAAUUACAUGCUCAUGUUGUAGCUACAUUUCUUGGGACCAAGCCUGUUUUCACUUUCAGCUUCCCCUUCUGCUGAUCAUUUCCUCUCAUCACACUCACUCCCUGUGUGUCGGUGCACAGAAAUCUCCACAGAGAAUCGUGGUAAUAAGCGAUUGUGUCAAGACACUAUCACUCGUUACAUUCCACACGUUUGCUGCAUUGUUGUAGCAUCUAUGCUGCAGGUCAAGUUUGCACUCAUUUUUCCCAAUUUUUUUUAAACAGUAAAGCCUUCCAACUCCAUUGUUACAGGUUGUUAUAGUAGUUGCGUUUCCAUUUAUUCUCUGUAGAUAGCACCAGCAGUAGCUCCAGUUAUCAUGUAUUAACCCCAAUUAGCCUAAUACACCUCUUACACCACAGACCUAUGUCCAAGCAGUGUGUCCAAAGAUAAAGCUGAUAACUUGGGACUCUGUUAUUCGCACAAAAAAAAAACACAGGAAUUGAAUGUUGCUUAAUGCCAGUACUGUUUAUUUCCACCAGACUGAUAAAUGUAUGUGAACUUAGUCCGUUUUUUUGCCCAAAAUUUUAUAAACAGCCAGAAACACUAAAACACUACUCUACCUAUAGUAUUAAACACAACACAUGAAACAAUACCAGAAACUGAGCUUUUUAAUUUGGCUUCUGUAAAAUAAAUAAAUAAAUAAAAACUAAAAAAAAGUUCAUAUUUACAAAAUAUUUAACAGUGUGCAUUUGUUGGUUGACAAGUAACCCCAGAUAAUAGAGAGCAGACUUAUCCAUGUCAAUAUGUGGUUUUGUGGGACUCCCUAAAGGAUGUAUACUAAACACUGCUUGUUACAAAUACAAAUAAUGCUCAAGCAAUUGCAGAUUUUCAAGUGAUUGCUCGAGGCAUGUGUGGCAUGAACAGACAGAGGUUGGUUUUUAAAGCACAUAUACUUAACCAGUCUACUGCUGUUUCCCUUUAGUAACACAAUUCUUUUCUCCUUUCAUGAUAUAAAUAGAAAUACUAAAUUGCAGAUGCUUUUUUUUUACCAUUCUUUCAUCAGUGUUAGGUCAUUGGAACUUAUCCUUUGAGCAACUUAAUGGCUUUUUAAUGAUAAACUCUGGUGUUAAGUGUCACAGAUAGUAUCUUAACUAUGAAUGGGUUAGUUGGGGUCAGUGUAAAAUGUAGUAACAGCAUAGAAUAACUGGGAAAUGUGAGCAAAAACAGUGAUAAAUCGAGUGGAGAUUGUGACAUGACUCUGUUGUUUGAUGGAAUUAGUUAGUGGAAUUUAUUAAGGCAACAGGCAAACCUAUCGUGUUGGAUGUGUUUAGUUUGCAUCAUCAGCAAACCAAAAGACAAGCAGUUGAAAACAGAAAGCAAAAAUGAAUGAGACAGACUUGAACAUGUGUCACUAUGUUUUAUCUAAAUAAGGGUUAUCAGCAGACAAGUUCAGGUACAGCUCCUAUUACAAAUCAUGGAAGUUCAAUGAAAACAGUGUAAUUAUUCUAGUAACAAAGUUUCUUAAAUAAAUGUAACUGCCAGACACAUUUAUUGAUCACCAAAGACCACUUUCAUUCACCUUCUAAUGUGUAGCACCAUUUAAUAACCAAAUUUGUGAAUAGGUUGUUUGAAUUCUACAGUAAUAUUUCAUUUUUGGAUUUUUUUUUGUUAUUGUAAAUGGAAUGAAGCUCUGUCAUUUUCAUGGAAAGAAAGAGUGGGAAGGAGGAACAUUGUAUAUGACAACAUUAGAUGCUGUUUGACAAAACAGUAGUUUCUCUGUCCACUCUGUCUCAGACCAUACAAUGACAUCAUACCGAAAGACAUUCAGAAUGUCAUGUCUACUGAAGCUCCACUGCACACCGUUUACUUUCCCCCAACUGUCCCUUUUAUGCAAACUGUCCACGUGUUCAACGGUUAUCACAAGUGCAAUGACUUCUGUAUUGUUUUUGUCAACAAACUUGAAACAUGAUUCUUUUUUAUGUCUUCAAAUCAGUUGAUAACAUUCUGUAUUUAUACACAAAUACAUAAUUGUAGGGCAUUUUGUUUUUCACAUUUGAGGUGCUGACCAUUUUUAAGGUGCAUUGUAAUCGCCUUUUUUCCAUCUUUCACAACAUCAACUUGAAAAGACUUGGAUUAGUUAAUCCUUUAAAUCUUUUGCUGUUGUCAAGGUUUCCAGUUUUUAAAGGUGUUUUUUUUAGACUGUGGAAGAAUAACUGUCUCACUAGAUGUAGAUUUAAGCCCACCAUUUCCUAUGUGCAUUUCAAACAUCUUUCUCCUUGCCUUCUGUCAUCUGCGUGUUACAUUUUCAAAAUUCCCUUUGCUACAGGAAGCAACAACAACAACCUCUGAGCAGCAACCUAUAUGCUGAAAAUGUCAAGUUUUGCAAAAGAUUUGAAUUGUGCAGUAAGGCAGCGCUGCUUGUUUUUUCAGUGAAUUAUCCAUAUUAAUGACAGUGCUUGUCUUCCUUUGUGCAAAUAUUCCACCAAAACAGUUGCCCAUCACUGUUUUGUGGCAGCAUGUUGCUGUAAUCAGAGCACAGUGGCUGAGGCAAUUGUGAUAGAUUUUCAGCAACACAAAUCUGUGUUUCUUUCCCUUCCGGAGAAUGAGGUGCAGUCAGACCAACUCCAGAGAGAGAAACAAGUACUAGAAAAUAAGAAAGAAGUUUCUGGAAUGGAAAAUGUCAGUAGACUAGUAGAGAAAAAGCAGUAGCCUAUUUGUGUUCCUGACACUGGAACUGACUUUUAAAAAAUAUUUAAUAUUUUCAAAUUUCUACCAUUUUGAGGUAAAGAUAUUUUAAACAGAUUUGUGUAGUAGAUGUGCUGAGAUAAGACAAACUCAUGACUUCGAACAAAGAAGUGCAGUAAUGUGGUUUGUCCUGUUUGUAGAGGGAAUAUGGGUAAAACGUGAUGUUGCAGGAAAUGUUUCCCUCCUGUACAGUCCUGUGCAAAAGCAAAAGUAUAGUGAGGAUGGUUUCAAAAAUACUGCCAUGAAUCUUUUUUUUUUAUCACCUUCAGACAAAGUGCAGAAAAGAGAAAACUGUAAAAAUCAGCAUUUGGUGUAAGCACCCUUUGUAUUUCAAACAGUAGCAGUUCUCCUUGAUAGACCUGAACCCAGUUUUCAAGGUACUUAGCAGGGAGAUUAGACAAUUAGCUACUGUUCCUCUGUGGAUUUAUGGUACUUUCUGACAGAACGCAAUGUCCUGUCCUGUCUGAAAGGAUGCGCUGCUCGAGCAGAGUCACGGAGCACAGAGGAAAAUAGGCGGAACUACAUCACCUCAUCCUUUCAAGCACAAAGCUUUUGGUUUGUUUCAAACACCUCAAGAGGCCUCGUUUCUAGUAGCUGUGUGGGAGCAGCACUGAAAUGAAUAGGUUUCAUAGGGCAGCAGUGUGUUCAGCAGUCUGUGCCCCAUGUAAUCCCAGAUAAAUUCCAUCACUUUAUAUCAAAGCUCUUUGGGGCCAUGCCACCAGGACUCCACCAGGAUUUUUCUUUCUGUAGCUUGAGUGCCUGAAACUUUUGCAUAGCACUGUAUAUUAUGGCUAAAACACAUGGAAGCACAUUUUAAACUGAUUUACUAGAGAAGGUUUCCUGCAAUAUUUUCAUGUAUCAGGAAGUCAUGUAUAAAUCUGAGUCUGUGUUAAAUGUCACACUUAGACAUUGGUUAAAAACAUUUAAAAAAAAGUUUAGUACGUAUCUCAUAAUAUGCCAGUUAAUUUACUGGUUAAUUGUCUGGACAUACUUUAUGUAUUACAACCACAGUCCAAUUAUAUAAUGGGUUUAUUUAUGUAAAGUGGUAAAUAAGGUAAAAAUGUUCUUUAAAAUUCUUAGACAAAGUAGCAAUCGAAAAAUAUCCCCAAGCCGAUGUGCUUCAUGUAAAACUUAAUUGAUCUGAUUGAUUGAAUUUGGCAUAUUUUGUCUGUAAAUUCUCAGGUGACAUUAUUUCAAAAUAUAUAUAUUUGUCAACCAAUAGUCAAGUUGUUGUAUUUGCAUUUAUAAGAUACAAAUCAGAUUUCAUUUCAUUUUUUUUGAGGCUCAAAUUAUUUGUGUAACCAUUAAAAAAAAAACAACAACUAGUGCAUAUACUGUUCACAUCAACACACGUGUUUUGUGUCUUUCGGACUAGACAUCUACUGCAGCAGAUACUUUAGCUUCCAUUGAAGUUGACUUGAUAUUUGACACCCUGUUCGGCUGUGGUGAUAGAUGUUUUAGAGUUUACACAACAAAUGGUGAAUUACUUUGAUGGAUGUAAAUCCUCCAUUGUAAAACUAAACCAGUCUAAAUGGAGAUUUAAUUUACUUCUGACCUAUGGUGGGCACAUCUGUAACACCUCCUGUUUCAUUUGAACUCUCCACCAACCCCUCUGAUCCCAUCCUGUUUCUGGGAAUGUACUGCUACAUCACACAUCAGAUGCUGUGAACAGGGUCUGUGUUCACAUCUUAGACUCUCGUAUUUUUAAGACUAACAUUUUGCUUCAUGUAUCCGCCAACUUCGAAACCCCGUGUUUAUUCUAAAUGACUGCCCUUUACAAAGAAGCUUAUUUUGGCCUUACUACUACUACUGGACUUUUCAUGAUGUGAAAACUGAUACUGAAGAAGAAUAGGGGAGAAGGGAGCCAGUUCUGGACUCAACAUGAGCUUCUCUGGAGUCAUGUGAUUACGCUGUACUUUCUUCUAGUGUAUGUGUGUGGUGUAUGAUUACAACCAAUGUACUCCAUAUUUAAAAAAAUGCUAUAUAAAUAUAUAUAUAUAUAUGAUACACAUAUAGGUAUACUAUAUAGACAAGUAUGUAAAGGCAUAUACUUUAUUGGUUUUGUGUGUUUGGGUUGGGAUAAAAUCAGAUUAAGUCAUUAGAAAGAAUCUUUAAAGGUGAGUGGAAUGUAAGAAAUGGAUUGUGUGAAGUGACAUGCGUGUAUAUUUACAGCUAGAGCACAAGUGUGAGAUAUUUUCCCUUACUGGUCUGUCAGGGAUUGUAGGCUAGCUCAAGACAGCUAAGCUAUCAAGGACACAAACACUUGAACAUAGGCAGGGCAGGCAAAUAAAUAUUUACAAAUGCACUCAAUUUGAAUGUAACUGAAACAUUAACUCUGUGUCUACACAUAAAAAACAUUGAAGAAAAAUUAUCAUUUCUGUAAGGCAGCAGCAAUGUUUAUUUAUUUGCUAGCUUUUUUUUUGUGAUGUUCUUGCUGUUGGAGCUACAUUUCUGUACCAGAGCCAGAAUGUUUGUAACUGUAAUUACAAUAAAAGAUUCACAGAGGGA